CGAGACACCCCAACGAAUGUGGACUGGAGGCCAUCUCAUCUAAUCGCCAUCACUUUACCUUUGAUGUCUAUAACCAUAUCCCAGCAUCAUCUAAGAGAGCGGACGGCUCAAUACGCAGUGUCAGAUAACUGUUUGUAACCAUUAGGGUGUGUAUAUGCCGACGACGGCCCUCAGGCCCCCUCAAACACCAUCGCCAAAGCAUCUGUCACCAUCGCAUUGCGCAAGAAGAUUCUAGCACUAACCCCCGAUCCUAUAAAUCUCAUCCUCAGCGCCUACAACAACUAAACCACAGUUCCUCUUCUCACGCAUCUUGCUACCUAACUACCUUCCAACAACUAAACCACAGUCCAUAGUCCACAGCUCCAAUCUUCUACCUCCAUACCUCUCUCGAAACACAAUCCUCUCGACACUCCCACAGCCAUGGCCACCCCAACUCAAAUAACCGCCCCCCUCCACCUCACCACCCUCGCCGGCAGCACCACCUACGUCCUCGCCGACUUCUACGCCGACUGGUGCGGCCCCUGCAAGACCAUCGCGCCCUUUUACUCCCAACUCUCCACCCAAAACACCGUCCCCGGCUCCCUCGCCUUCGUCAAGAUAAACGUAGACGACCAGACCGAACUCGCGUCGAAGUACAGCAUCAGAACCAUCCCAACCUUCAUCCUCUUCAAGAACGGCAAAGUCGAGCAGACUCUCAACGCCGUGAACCCGAACGCGCUGAAGGCGAUUGUGCAGAAAGUGAAGGCCGAGCUCGCGGCCGAGGCGAAGAAGGCCGAGGCGAAGAAGGCCGAGGCGCCGAAGGAGGUCGUGGAGGAGAAGACGGUUAGUGGGAGCUAUGGCAUGACGGGCGGCAAUGGCUGGAAGACGUCGCUGAAUUGAACAGAAAUUGUGAACUUGAUGCGAUUGGGUGGAACUUUGGUGUUGGGGAUGAUUGGGUGAUGCCGUUAGAGGAGUUGGGGUGCAUAGAGGGGUUGACGGGGAUGGUGCCUUUGGGUCUACAAGGUAUACCUUGCCUUCAUGAUAUGGGGAUAGAGGGAUUAGGCAGGUAGUGUUACGAAUGAUACCCCUUCACGAUAC